CCACUGGUCCGCCGCUUCCGUGUCACGAGCACACGACCGGCGGUUGAGCUGGGGGCGUGAGUCAGACCGGGAGGAACCAUCCGGAUCCGCCCCGUUCCUUCCUUCCUUCCGACCCACGGUGAGCGAGGAGACCCACCUCGCCGUCUCACUCCCGUUCCACCGCCACCGUCGCCUCCUCGCCCCCUUCCCUCGCCGGCGCCCCCGAAUUCGAAGCGGCGCGCAUGGCGAGGCCCGAGGAGAGCUGGGCGCGGAACACGUCCCCGGGGGACGACGCGUCCACGAGCCACGCGCCCCACCCGGAGGGCGCCUCGCCGGACUUGCUGCGGAACACGCCGUCCAACAUCGCUAGGCUCGAGGACGCGAUCGAGAACUGCGCCGCCCGCCGCAAGUACCUCGCUCGCACCAAGAGCCCCUCCGACGGCGAGGACGUCCGCUGGUACUUCUGCAAGCUCCCCCUCGGGGACAGAGUGCUCUCUUCUUCAGUUCCACGGACGGAGAUAGUUGGGAAAGGAGACUAUUUCAGGUUCAGCAUGAGGGACUGUUUGGCGUUGGAGGCGUCUUUCUUAGAGAGAGAAGAAUCACUACUUGGGUACUGGUGGAGGGAGUAUGCGGAAUGCAGUGAAGGGCCAACAGGUUCCUUGGUUAAAGCUGAUAUGUCAGACUCUGAAUAUUUGUAUAAGGUGGAGGAGGAGCGGGUUGGGGUUCCUGUGAAAGGUGGACUAUAUGAGGUUGAUUUGAUGAGACGUCAUUGCUUCCCUGUAUAUUGGAAUGGUGAGAAUAGACGUGUUUUGAGAGGCCACUGGUUUGCUCGAAAAGGAGGUCUCGAUUGGAUUCCCUUGCGUGAAGAUGUUUCUGAACAACUUGAGUUAGCAUAUAAGUACCAGGUCUGGCAUCGUCGUAAAUUUCAACCUUCAGGCCUGUUUGCUGCGCGGGUCGAUCUCCAAGGAAGUACACCGGGAUUGCAUGCUCUUUUUACAGGAGAGGAUGAUACUUGGGAAGCUUGGCUUGUCUUUGAUACAGGUCCUAAACUAGGCAGCAACACAAUCAAAUUAAGGCGUGGUUUCUCUUCUUCUGGAUCUGCAAAUCCUACCCAGGAUGAGUUGCGUCAACAGAAAGAAGAGGAAACAGAUGAUUACUGCUCUCAGGUUCCAGUUGGUCAUUUGGUAUUCAUGGUUCAUGGUAUCGGACAGAGAUUGGAAAAAGCUAAUCUUGUUGAUGAUGUAGUCGAUUUCCGCCGUGUGACCGCUAACCUAGCCGAUAGAUACUUAACUCCUUAUCAAAGAAGUACACAGAGGGUCCUAUUUAUUCCCUGUCAGUGGAGGAAGAGUUUAAAGCUCGGUGGUGAAAACACAGUCGAGAAGAUCACUUUGGAUGGAGUUAAAGGUCUUCGCGUAGCGUUAGGUGCCACCGUUCAUGAUGUUCUAUAUUACAUGAGUCCUAUCUACUGUCAGCAUAUAAUUGACUCGGUCUCGGGUCAGCUGAACCAACUGUAUAUGAAGUUUCUGAAGAGAAAUCCUGGUUACAGUGGAAAGGUAUCAUUAUAUGGCCAUUCGUUGGGAAGUGUUCUAACGUAUGAUAUACUUUGCCACCAAGAAUCCCUUUCUGCCCCAUUUCCAACAGAUUAUUUUAAGAUGGAAGUUUCGUCUGAUGAAGGCCAAGUAGGAAAAGGACCCAACACAAUUGAUGUUAUUGACUCUGGUGUAAAAGAGCAUGAUACUUCUUCCACUUCAGGGCAUUCAUGUGUAGAUAAUGUAAAUCGUGUGGAUGAAGAGAGCACCAGAACUGAUCAUUCACUUACAGACAAGACUGUUCUGCCAUGUGUGCUUGAAAAUGUGCCAAACAAUGAUGAUGCACUUGAAUCACCUAUUCCAGUUGAUGGGGUGCAAACUGAAGUCGAAAAUCAGGUUGAGAAUCAUCAAAUGACAUAUACUGAAGGAGCUACUCCAGCUGUAAGCACAAAAGAUGCUGAUGAGUGCAUUUCAAGAUCCGCCAAGGAACUCCAUGUGGUCCCUGACAAAGACAGAUUAAUCUCAUCACUAGAAGAAGAGGUGAGCCAUCUUAAAGCUAAACUAGCGGAACUUGAGCGACAGAGUGAUUCAGUGAUUCAAAGCAUCAGUAGUGUUCAGUCUCAUCAAGAUAAAGAUGCUAAUGAUACAGUGAGCCUAGUAUCAGGCAAACUUAACAUAGGGCAAGGUAGCACAAGUCAGUCCUACAGACCACGUAUUAGAUACACUAAACUAAAUUUUAAGGUUGACACAUUCUUUGCUGUUGGAUCCCCUUUGGGAGUCUUCCUGUCGCUGCGGAAUGUCCGUAUUGGUGUUGGCAGGGGACAAGAUUAUUGGCAAGACAAGAACGUUGUUGAAGAGAUGCCAUGCUGCAGGCAGAUGUUCAACGUUUUUCAUCCUUUCGAUCCUGUAGCAUACAGAGUUGAACCACUUGUAUGUGAAGAUUAUGUGAACAAGCGCCCUGUUGUUAUACCCUACCAUAGAGGCGGAAAGAGGAUACAUGUUGGAGUGCAGGAGUUCACAGAAGACGUUGCUGCACGUUCUCAGGCUAUUGCCCGUCAAUUCAAGUCAUUGAAGGUCAAAGCGGUAGCUGCCUUGUUAUCACUGAGCAAAAAUGACACGGAAGAGGACGAUGAGAGCACCAAGGAGGAGGAGAGAUCAUAUGGUUCCAUGAUGAUGGAAAGGCUGACUGGUUCACCGGAUGGUCGAGUUGAUCAUGUGCUUCAGGAGAAAACAUUUCAACAUCCAUAUUUAUCCGCUCUGGGAUCUCAUACCAACUACUGGCGGGAUCAUGAUACUGCUCUCUUCAUUAUCAAACAUUUGUACCGUGAUAUACCUGAAGAACCUCCAACUGAUGGAACUGGAAGUGCACCCAUUAGACUGUUCUAUGUGAGGGAUCCAAUUGCUGAAGACACUCCCCUGACAUUUUCAGACCACUCCUCAGUUAAGGAAUUCUCCAGAAAGGUGAAAACUUAUUCGAGAAAGGGGGAGGAUGAUGCAAACUGUGAAGCCUCUUGAUGGUGACCGCUGUAUGUUGCGACGUGAUAUCGUCUUACGAUUUUCACCUAGCAGAAGUGUUCCGCCAGAAGAAAAAACCCCUAGCAGAAGUGUGAUGUACAUAAAAGCACCUGGCAUAGAGGGACGCAUUGCACAGUUUGGGAGAAAAGGGGGAUACAUUGCUGGUGUGCAUCCUUGUCACUUAGGCACUACAGAUCAGAGCCAUAGCACACUUGCGGGGUGAAUGGAUGUUGCACAUAGAAUUAUGGGCCGCCACAUGCUGUGUAUAACUUGUUUACCCGUGUCUCUAGCAGUAAUUUUGUACGUACAUAUACAGAUAUAAACGGGAGAGAGAGUGUAAAAAAGAGCGAUUAGAUUUGAGCGGUUGAACACCAGGUGGAAAAACAGAGGUGCAUUCAGUGGAGCACGUCCGAUGGCGAUUGCGCCGGCACAAGAGCGAGCAGAUGUGCAUUCUCACCUCAUGUGUAUAGAGUAAAGAGCUUUUGCCCAAUGUCAAGUUCUCCAACCGGCUGUAAUACAAACAUCAAAGGACAAAAGGAGUCGUCACCAACGCCAUCUGUCGAAGUCUUAAGGAAAUACCCAACCCAAUGUACACUUGACUUUUGUCCCCUGGCAUCAGUUGAAUGAUAAUCUCUCUUGCGUGUCA